AUGGCCUCGCCUUUGAAGAAGCAGCCGCAGGAUGUCGCCGACUGCGUCCUGAAGCGUGCAGAAGUCAGCAAGAUUGCCCGCCGACUCCAGAACCGCCUCGCACUCGCGCAAUUCAAGACCAAGCAUGGCUGGGAAGACCUGACGCUCGACAUCAUAGAACCCAAGGUGGAGGAGGAGAUCCGACGCAAGCGUCUCUACGAGGGCGAUGUCCUGUCCGACUCCUCGUCAAGUGCAUCCGACCUGCCGUACCCGACCAAGACGCUGAUGAGCUCUCCUCUCAAGGCGCCCUUGUUCUCCGAUGCCGUCGGCUCGAGCAAUGGCAGCUCCGGCCACCGCAAACGCACGUACUUUGCCUCGUUUGACAACAACGCCUCGAGUCCGACAAAGCGCUUCCGCGGCUCCCCGACACCGCACAAGUCCUUUGGCGGUCACACGCUGUGGAAGGACGGGCACCAGCUCACGCACCCGUCCCCCAUGAAGCCUCGCCGGCAGCAGCACUUCACCACCUCGGCCGGGCCCGACGUCUCCUUCUUCCAGCAGCGGCGGAUGACCAAUGAGCUGAGCGCUCACCCAAACUUCACCGCCCCGGACGACGAGGAUGACGAUCUCCUGCCAGCGCACUCGUUUGCCACCAACAUCCGAUCCUCCCCCCCUCGCACGCCGCCAAUGCAGUCGCGGUCCCUGCGGAAGAGGCCGGACGGUGCCGAGGCGGGCCAGGAGGGAGCCGAUCUGCUGCUGUACCUGGCGGCGUCGCCCUCGCCAGCGGUCAAGACAAACAGGGCUCGGAUGGAGCGCCCGUCGACGCCGCCGCCCAAGAACAGCAAGCUGGAUCUGCCCUCGGCCAUGAUGACGACGCCCGGCGGAGGCAAUCCGUUCCCCAACACCCCCGGACAGGGCUUCGACUUUGCCGACUUUGUCAACAUCACGCCCAGCCCAGCUCAGAAGGUCUGGAAGACACCCAAUCCUCUCACAGGCGCUCGCACUCCGCGCAGCGUGGCCAGGAAGCGCCUUACGUUUGAUGAGCCUCGACAUUGA